AAUCAUUAAAAAAUGUCAGCAAAAGAAUAUGAAGCCGAAGAUGAUUUGUUAGGAUCUAUUUUAAGAAGUAAUAUUUUUAUUAAGUUAGAUGAUGAUUACGAAGAAGUUUUUUCCAAUAAUAACAGUCCUUUGCGUAAUUAAGGGUUUGAAAGCGAUAGUAUUAUUGAAAAUGUAAGAUUAUAAUUAAAGUAUAUUAGGUUUCAACAUCAGAGAAACAAUAUUUCGAUAGUUUUAAUCGAUCAUUCGAGCAUAUGUCAUUAGGAUCUGAUCAAGUCUAAAGUCCAAUGUCUACAAAGGCUAUUUAUCCUUAAUUUCCAUAAAAUCAUUUGAAAUUGUCAAGAUAAGAUGACAAACAGAGUGUAUCAAUUAGUUUUGAUGGACAUUCAUUUUCAACUUAAGAAAGUUCAAUCAAUUGCAGAAAGUUAGGAAAUGAGCACUAUGGAUAUUAGAAUAAAUACCAUAAUCGGCUAGUAGAUUAUUAAGUACCAUAUUCUCCAGGAGUAAUAAGACCACAUGGGAUUUAUUAAUUUGGAUAUACUUAUUAAUAGCCAUAGAAUGGAUUGAGUUUUACUGGGUGUUAAUAAGAGAGACUGCCUUUGAAUGAAAUAAAUGAUGAUAUGCAAUUGACAUAUGAUCUUGUAAGAUUAUAUGUCUAUUUUAAUAGGAUAAUAUGUGUGGGAAUCAAGUAUUGUCUAGAAAAGUUUAGAAGAUAUUUGAAAAUGGUAAACCUGAUUAAAAGGAAUUGAUUUUUAAUAAAGUUGAAAGAUCUUGUGUUUAAUUUUCAAAGGAUGUUUUUGGAAAUUAUGUGAUGUAGAAAAUAUUCGAAAAAGGUAUUUAUUAUAAAUUAUAAAUAUCUUUUAGGAAGUGCAAUUCAAUAGUUGAGAUUAUUUAAUAAAAUUAGACCACAUGCUUAUGAAUUAUCUAAAAAUAACUUUGGAUGUAGAGUUAUCUAAAAGAUAAUUGAAAUCAUUUAAAAUAAUGAGAGUUUAUAAAAUUAAUUCAUUGACUCAAUUAGACUCUAAAUAAAAUCAUUACUUUAUGAUUCAAGCGGCAAUUAUGUAAUACUUAAAUGUUUGGAAGUUUUACAAAGAGAUAAAAUAGAGUUUUUCUUAUAACCAAUUGAAGACUCAACUUUAUUUUUAUGUUCAUCUCAAUAUGGAUGUAAAAUAUUGUUAAAAACUCUUGAAUUGUUUUCUCCAACUCAAACUGAUAAGAUAAUGAACACUUGUUUAUUACAUUAAUAAAAUCUUUGUUAACAAGAGUUUGGAAAUCAUAUCUUAUAAUUUGCCAUCAAGAAUUCUAAUUAUUAACCAUUUGUUGUUAAUUUUGUACUCUCUAACUUUGAAAAAUUGUGUAUGAAUAAAUAUGCUAGUAAUACAGUAGAAAAGGUUGUUGAGGCAUCUACUAAUGAAGUUAAAUAGCAAAUUAUCUCCAUUCUUAUAUCUAAGUCACAACUUAAUGGAUUGUAUUAUUUUUAUAUUUAUUUCUUUAUUAGUAACACAUUUGUGAACUUAUCUGUCAAUCCAUUUGGAAAUUAUGUUAUGAAGAAAAUGAUCAUUAUGUCAAAUCAUAAUAUUUUGUAACCUUUGAUAGACAUUUUGAGAUAAGAUUAAUAUUUGAUCACAGCAAUUAGAUCCUCUGAUUUUGGCUAAAGAAUCUUCUAGCUAAUUGAAAAGACCUUAUUAGUGUACAAAUCAUGAAUAUAAUGAGAUUAUGAUGACAAUAUAAAUAUGAAUAAAAUAUUAG